AUGAGUGGUAAUUUUUCUAUACAGGCAACACUUUUUACAACAAAUUCUACCGCGAUAAUCAAUGAAUUCUGGUUUGUUCCUUCCGAUAUUCUCAUGAUUAUCUGUAGCACAUUGAUAAUUUUACUUUCUGGUCUUUUUCUCUUGGUUAUUGUUGUGGAUAAAACAUGUCAUACGAUUCCCAUGCUCUUAACUGCUCAUUCUUACAUCGCCUUAUUAAUAAUAGGAUGUGACUUACUCGGCUUAGCUACAUUCAUGUUGAAAAAUGAUCUAAAACAACUUGAGUAUGAAGAUUCAAUCUGUGCUGUUCGUGGUUACAUUUGUUACACUGCAUCAGCUGUAACUAUGUAUUCAUAUCUUCUACAAUCCAUUCAUCGAUAUCUUACUACUGUUUAUCCACAUCGUUUAUUCUGGCAGUCAAUGAAAUUCUACGUAAUAUUGCUUUGUUCUACAUGGAUAUGGUGUUAUAUUUAUCCGAUUGCAUUUCUAUUCACCAAGAAAAUUACCUACAAUGUUGACAACCAAAUCUGUCAAAUACCUCUAAGAUCUUCUUUGAUCUUAAUUUAUACGAGCAGUUGCAUGUAUACUAUUCCUGUUUCAUUGGUUGUUUUCAUUUAUUUUAAAUUAGUUCGGUAUGUUCGUGGAAUGAAUGAACGUGCAGUACCAGCUAAUAUUCUAUUUCGUGCACAACGACAACUAAAAAUGACUCGACGUUUAGUCAUAAUAGUAGCACUGUUAGCCAUCAUUGGUAUUCCGUAUAUGUCGUUUGUUUUCAUCGCAUUUUUCACCGAUCCACCACGAUAUCAUUUACGAUUCGCUCAAACAUUUACGGAUCUUUCAGUGCUCUGUGCAACGAUUGUUUUAUUUGGAUUUACUGAUCCAUUGAAAGCUUCGUUAAUGAAAAAACUACGACGACGAACAAGCAUCGCACCAAUACGAUGA